AUGGGUGGACCCCGAUCACGGAGGUGGACCCUAAAGGGGCUUGAUGGGGACAGGCUGAUCGCCGCCCUGCUUGCGUCCACUUGGCCAAGCAGGCAAGCGGAGACGAUAGAGGAGGAGGCUGGCUGGAUUGGGGACAUCAUGUCGGAGGCGUGCGACUUUUCGAUGCCCCGAGCCGGCCGACCUGGGGGGCGACGAGCCACCUAUUGGUGGAGCGCGGAACUGGCGGAGCUGAGGCGUGCGUCGGGGCGCACCUGGCGCCGCCUGUCCCGCGCAAGACGUCGAGGCACGAGGGAGGAGGUGGACGCGCACUACAGGGAGCUGCAGGAGAGACGGAGCUGUCUGAGGGCGGCGAUCAGAGGCGCGAAGGCGAGGGCCUGGGAGGAGCUCCUCCAAUCGGUGAAGGGCGAUCCCUGGGGGCGACCCUACCGGUUUGUCAUGGGCAAGCUGCGGCCGUGGUCGCCCCCAGAGACCGAGACGAUGGAUCCCCUGGAGCUGCGUGGGGCUCUGGACAGCCUCUUCCCUGCGGGAGAGGGAUGUCCGGAGCCCCCGGAAUGGAUGAACUCCGAGCAGGUCCAGGAGAUCUCAGAGAUUGGACAGGAGAAGUGGGCGGGGGUCCUAAGACGGUUUCGGGGCAAAAGGGCCCCGGGGCCGGACGGGAUCCCGAGUAAGACCUGGGCCCGUGCAAUGGAGGUCCUGUCCCCACAGGAGUUGAAAGCGUCAUAA